CAAUAAAACCGAAGAAUGGAACGACGGCAACAGAAUCCAAUCAGUAACGACAGAAGAGGGCGGUUGUGGCGAUCGAUGUCGACGGCGGGAUCAGCCUCCGCCGGCAGUGGCACAAGAGAGGCUCCGGCAAAGGCUAUGGUGACGGAGCAGAUCUCUCAGGCGGUUCAAUCCUCCGCCAACCUCCUCCACCUGAUGCAGAACUCUUCUCCGGCUCAGGCCAAACUCACUAAACUUCCCAAGAACCUUAUGGCAAAGGUUUCUACUAUGAAGAAUACAGAGCAGAUUUUAGAGCAACUUCCUCGGGUGAUAUCAUCUUUGGAUGCAUAUAUGGAUAAUGGAUUGCAAAACAUGGCACAUUUGAAGACUGUGGUUCUGUUAAUGGAAAACAUGCAAAGCAGCCAGCUUAGUUCACUCUCCAACGCUCUUCCUUCCCAGAAGGAACUUGAACAACGAAGCCAAACUGAAGGGCCAGGUUAAGGGAAUGCAUGUUGCUUUGGAGUUUCACCUUUGGUAUAUUGAUGCAAAAUUUUCAGAAGGAUUGGAGCCUCUUUAAUUUCAUCGGGUUGAUUUAUGCUUCAUCAUGUAUCUUCUGCAAAUUGAAUGUACAAAUGUUCUUUUCACCUUGUAAGGUUGAAGGUUAUUCAAGUGGAGAAAUAUGUGAGCACUAGAGAUAAUGUAGCAUAAACUUCAUGAUGUGAAUUUUGAAAUUUUAUUGAUUAGAUUAGAUUAGCGUCACAACUUUGGACACGCUUCAACAUUCGACACUUUGACAGUUAGAUUUGCUCAAUCUCUUAAGACAAAAAAAAGGGUCUUUUAGUGGCUAAAACACUUUAUAAGUGUUUGUUAAAUGUACAUGGAAAUAUACAUCCAAAUUAAUGGUUU